AUGGCCGCCGCAGUCACCAUGAUUCACCCGCGACUUCUGCACUUUAACAACUUUAACAACUUUAACAACAUCCACAAGAUCAACCGCGAAGAAGCAGCAAAAGAAAGAAGAAAGAAGCGAGAGGCUGAAGACAUUUGGAGCCAAACUCAUUCAUGUGGUUCUCCUGCCACCUCCUCCUGUGGCAUCACAUGUGGUUCUCCUGCCACCUCCUCCUGGGGCAUCACAUGUGGUUCUCCUGCCACCUCCUCCUGGGGCAUCACAUGUGGUUCUCCUGCCACCUCCUCCUGGGGCAUCACAUGUGGUUCUCCUGCCACCUCCUCCUGUGGCAUCACAUGUGGUUCUCCUGCCACCUCCUCCUGGGGCAUCACAUGUGGUUCUCCUGCCACCUCCUCCUGUGGCAUCACAUGUGGUUCUCCUGCCACCUCCUCCUGGGGCAUCACAUGUGGUUCUCCUGCCACCUCCUCCUGGGGCAUCACAUGUGGUUCUCCUGCCACCUCCUCCUGGGGCAUCACAUGUGGUUCUCCUGCCACCUCCUCCUGUGGCAUCACAUGUGGACUCCUGCCACCUCCUCCUGUGGCAUCACAUGUGGUUCUCCUGCCACCUCCUCCUGUGGCAUCACAUGUGGACUCCUGCCACCUCCUCCUGUGGCAUCACAUGUGGUUCUCCUGCCACCUCCUCCUGGGGCAUCACAUGUGGUUCUCCUGCCACCUCCUCCUGUGGCAUCACAUGUGGUUCUCCUGCCUCCUCCUCUGGCAUCACAUGUGGUUCUCCUGCCACCUCCUCCUGUGGCAUCACAUGUGGACUCCUGCCACCUCCUCCUGUGGCAUCACAUGUGGUUCUCCUGCCACCUCCUCCUGGGGCAUCACAUGUGGACUCCUGCCACCUCCUCCUGGGGCAUCACAUGUGGUUCUCCUGCCACCUCCUCCUGUGGCAUCACAUGUGGUUCUCCUGCCACCUCCUCCUGGGGCAUCACAUGUGGUUCUCCUGCCACCUCCUCCUCUGGCAUCACAUGUGGUUCUCCUGCCACCUCCUCCUGUGGCAUCACAUGUGGUUCUCCUGCCACCUCCUCCUGUGGCAUCACAUGUGGUUCUCCUGCCACCUCCUCCUGUGGCAUCACAUGUGGUUCUCCUGCCACCUCCUCCUGUGGCAUCACAUGUGGUUCUCCUGCCACCUCCUCCUGUGGCAUCACAUGUGGUUCUCCUGGCACUUCCUCUUGAGGCUUUAUUCGUUUAUGAGUCCAGAGCGCUGCAGCCAAUCGCAUUAGGGCUGUGCGUCUGGAGCCGUCUCCGUGGUUACAGCAGUGAUGCUGCCGACGCCGCGCUUCCAACCGCCUCUUCAUAUCGCUUCACGGGCUUCAUUUCUGCUUUUAUUCUUUGUCCUCCCCCCUCCCCCUCUUCAUUCCUCCUGCUCCUCCUUCUGUCCCCUCUUUCCUCUCCUCUCCCCCCUUUUCUCCUUCUCCUCUCCUCCACCCCUCUCUCCUCCUCUGCCCCUCACCUCUUCAUCAUCCUCACCCUCCCCUCCUCUCCUCCUUCCCCCCUCUCCCCUCCUCUCCUCCUUCUCUCCCCUCUCCUCUCCUUACCUCCUCCUUCCCCCCUCUCCUCUCCUUACCUCCUUCUCUCCCCCCUCUCCUCUCCUUACCUUGUCCUCUCCUUCUCUCCCCCUCCUCUCUUCUCCUUCUCCCCCCUCUCCUCUCCUCUCCUCCUCUCCCCCCCUCUCCUCUCCCUCCUCCCCCCUGAAUCUUCUCAUGUUGUAGAUCAGAUUUAUUUGUGUAUAUCUUAUGCUCUUUCACAGAUGAAUCAUUCACACAUGGAUCACAGUGGCCACGCCCACCACGCCAUGACCUCCGCCCCCUCCAUGACCACAGGCGGCGGCCACGAGGGCGGGCACGGCGGCGAGCACGAGGGCCACAUGGGCAUGGUCAUGACGUUUUACUUCGGUUUCAAAAACGUGGAGCUGCUGUUCCCUGGUCUGGUCAUCAACUCUGCAGGGGAGAUGGUGGUGGCGUGCCUGGGAGUGUUCCUAUUGGCUGCUCUGUAUGAGGGGCUGAAGAUUGGACGAGAGGUUCUUCUGAGGCGGAGCCAGGUCAACGUGCGCUACAACAGCAUGCCACUGCCCGGGUCGGACGGGACGGUCCUCAUGGAGACCCACAAGACCGUGGGACAGAGGAUGUUAAGCCCCGCCCACUUCCUCCAGACGCUGCUGCACAUUCUUCAGGUGGUCUUGAGCUACAUCUUGAUGCUCGUCUUCAUGACGUAUAAUGGCUUCCUGUGUAUCGCCGUGGCGAUAGGCGCCGGGGCCGGAUACUUCCUGUUCAGCUGGAGGAAGGCUAUAGUGGUCGACAUCACUGAGCACUGCCACUGA